UGCUAGUACUGGUGUGUGUGCUACGGUCUCGGUAUUUUUAUUUUAAUCGUAUUUUAAGCGAAUAAAUAAAUUUAAAAAGUGUAAUCAAAAUCGCGUAGUUAUGCAAAAGUGUACAAACAAUAUGGUGUGUAGUUUAAUUCAAUUCGGAUAAUCAAAACAUCGAUCACAAACAGCAAACCGUUUUGUGUGUGUUUUUUUUUAAACAUCUAUGCCAUUAAUGCUCUCGUACAACGAACCGCAAAUGAGAUGUCUGACGACAGUCCGACGAAACGUUUAUCACAAAUAUUCGGUUCCCUAUCGUGUUUGUCGGACCUGAAAACAGCUGAAUCGCUAAAAAAAGACACGUCCAAAGACAACCAUGUCCAGCCCAAUCAUCCAAAACAGUCCCCAUACAAUUUCGCACCAACAACAUCACCACCUGCAUCGCUCCCAUCGUUGUCGUCGCCGUCGUCGACACAGUCGCACCGAUUACAAACCGGUUCCAAUAUACCAACAUCGCGUGUACUAAUGGGAUCUCGUUCCACACCGAAUUCGCCACGGCUGAUGCCGAAACGGUCGCGCAUACCACCAGCGGUUCCGCAACGUCCGAAUGCGGGUGCGUUGAUUGCAAAUCCUGCACUAGCUGCAUUGGAUGCGGAAGCACCGUGGCCACAUUUUUCAACAUUAACCGAUCAUUUGGAUGUGCAUCAAGUGAACAAUUAUAAUCAAGGUCUUCCAGAAAUCAAUUGGCAGGAACGAUGCUUGGAACUGCAAUUGGAAUUGCAUCGAAGCAAGAGUCAGGCGGGAAGAAUUCGGGACAUGCUGGGUGAUAAGCUCUCCGAGCUGGAGCAGCGAGUCAUCGAAGCAGAAGAACGGGCUGAAGAUGCGGAAAGUAAGGUGCGGGCCAUGGAACAAAGAUUGACUGAAUGGCCCAAGACCGCUCCAAGCUCACAAGGGUCAUCAACCGAUACAGAAAAAACAAUAACACAGCUUGAAGUGCAGGUGGAAGAGCAACGUUUACUCCGUUUACACGACGCAAAGCAGGUCGAAGCAAAGGCAGCUAAAAUCAAAGAGUGGGUGACUAAUAAGUUGCGAGAAUUAGAGGAACAAAAUCAGGUGUUACGCGAACAAAACGUUAAGUGCAAUCAGCAAUUAGAGUUGUUAAGAAAUCACAUAGCCACCCAGAGUAAUCGAAAUAGUAUCCAACAACCCGUUCGUAGCAGCUUAAGUCUAGACGUACGUGAUCUGAAACAUCGAAACAGUCGACGGCGAAGUGAAUCGUUAGAUCCACCUGAAAAUAGAACCCUACAAUUGCAUCAUCGAAGAAAUCUGUCAAUGGAGCCACAAGAGUUGGCCAGAGAUUUGGCGGCUGCCGUAGACGGCCUGAAUCUGAUUCCCCUCGCCCCCAAAAAUGCUGCAGGAGACGAUCCGGCACAUGAUUACGCUGAAAUUUACACACCAUCCCGAGAAAAAGCACCAUUGUGGUUGAAAGGUGGACCGCCCAGUGGUGGUUCAAGCACAACGACAUCAGAUUCUGCCCACGAUAUCGGAACGCCACGCCCUCCAACACCACCGUUGCACAGAUUUCCCAGUUGGGAAGCAAAAAUUUAUCAAGUGGCUAGUGAUGGCUUAGCAGCAGGCGAUGAGAAUGAAUCGCAAGAACAAGAAAAUGGUUUGGUUAACAGUGUGGGAAUUACAUCCAGAUCACAAACAGCAUCUGGAGGAUACUGUGAUAUUAGUGUACCCGUUUAUGCGACUGUGAAGGGGCGAGCUUCCCAAAUUCGUUCCAUGCCCUUUACCGGCGACUCAAGUGACGACUCAAGCGAUGGCGAAGAUCACGCCGUCAUGAUGAACUGCAUAACAUCAACCCAUAACUCACACAAUUCAUCCAGCACAGAUAAUACCGAGACAAGUACUUCGGGUAGUGCAUCAAGUCCUUCCAAAAGUCUCAAAACAUCAUCUAGCUUAAGUCCGGCCAAACGAAGUGGUUCCGAAAGUCCAAAACAUCCGAAAGGAAGAGUAAUUUCAGAUACUUCAUUUGAAUCAGGCAUGUCCGACGAUUACGCAAUACCACCGGAUGCUUUGUCCCAGGCUGAAUCAUCGUGUAUGGAUGCAUCAAUGCCAUCGUUUAUGAUGCGUGCAUCGUAUGCUGAUUCUCCGAACAAAAAGCUGGAAUCAUUGGAAAAGAUCGGUCAUCUGGCUAAACUUGGUGGCAAACUGAAAACGUGGCGUAAGAGAUGGUUCGUUCUGAAAAAUGGCAGCUUAAAUUAUUGGAAGAGUCAAAAUGACGUCAAUCGAAAGCCUCAGGGGCAAAUCAUUUUGGACGAUCUGUGUCGAAUCAUUCGGAACGAGGGUGCACCAACAUUCGAAAUUGAUACGGGGAAGAAAAUUUAUUAUUUGACGGCCGAUUCGAAUGCCACGAUGGACGAUUGGAUAAGGGUGCUGCAGAAUGUGCAACGGCGGAAUGCCACCAAAUUGCUGCUAAGUCGAGACGAUCAAAAGGCAACGGUGCAAGGAUGGGUGACCAAGGUGAAAAAUGGUCAUGCAAAGAAAUGCUGGAGCGUACUGCUUGGAAAAAUGUUUUUGUAUUUCAAAGCACCAGGGGAGACGAAUCCACUCGGUCAAAUUAACAUGAGGGACGCUCGCGUCGAAGAAGUGGAACACGUAUCCGAUUCCGAUUCGGAGGAACGUGAAGAUGUUGGCCAAAGUCAGGCCAGGCUGACCGUUGCCAUUUAUCCAGCGCAUCAGGGUCCAACGUAUCUAAUCUUACCGGGCAAACAAGAACGCGACAAUUGGUUGUAUCAUUUGACGGUAGUAUCCGGAGGUGGUCCGAACGCCGGCACACAAUACGAACAAUUGGUUCAAAAGCUUAUGGAAACGGAUGGUGAUCCGAAUUGUGUGAUCUGGCGGCAUCCGAUUUUGUUGCACACGAAGGAGCAAAUUACGUCCCCACUGUCUUCAUUACAUUCCGAAAUGCUACAAGCCGAAGCCAUUAAGCUGUUUAAGAGUUGCCAACUAUUCAUGUCAGUCGCCGUCAAUCAGCCCGGUGUCGAUUAUCACGUCGUACUAGCCCAAAAUGCAUUGCAACAAUGUUUGGACAUGCCGGAACUGCAGGCCGAAUUGAUAUGUACAUUGGUGAAACAGACUAGUCGACACACCGGCCAAAAGCUUGGAGUCGGGGUCCAGGUAAACAAGCGACUGGGCAAGCAAACGCGUCAACUAUUGUUGUGCGCAACGCAGAGUUUGUUUACAUGCGACACACAGCAAAAUGGGUCUGGCCAAGCAAACGGAAGCUCUCCAACCUCGAUACAGAUGCCCAUUGUGCCUCCUAUCGACUGCAAAUCAAAUCCACCAAGCUACACAUUCGUUCAGGGCUGGCAAUUAUUAUCUUUGGCUGUUUCGUUAUUCGUACCUAAAAACAACAAACUGCUCUGGUACCUUAAACUCCAUCUGUCUCGAAAUGCGGAUUCAAAAACGGAAUGUGGUAAAUAUGCGGCUUACUGUGAACGAGCUCUCGAACGAACGUUGCUGAACGGCGGACGUGAGACAAAACCAUCUCGCAUGGAAGUGCUAUCAAUUCUGAUGAAGAAUCCAUAUCAUCAUUCACUUCCGCAUGCCAUUCCCGUUCACAUGAUGAACGGAACAUAUCAGGUCGUGUCAUUCGAUGGGUCUACAACAAUCGAAGAAUUCCAUUCGACUCUGGCGCAAGAGAUUGGUUGUCGCGAAUCGACAAAUGGAUUCUGUUUGUUCAGUGACGAUCCGAUCGAAAAAGAUUUGGAACAUUACCUAGACCCGCAGGCUAAGCUAUGUGACGUGAUAUCCAAGUGGGAGACAGCGUUGCGUGAAAAAGGUUCCGGCAAAUUCGAAAACUCCAGAGUCAUUCAAUUGACGUACAAAAAUCGUUUGUACUGGAAGCAUUCCAUCAAAUUGGAAACGGACAAGGAGAAACUGUUGCUUUGCUAUCAGAUAAAUGUCCAAGUGGUGCAGGGCAGAUUUCCUUUGUCUCGCGAUCUAGCCUUAGAACUGGCAUCGCUGAUGGCACAGAUUGACAUUGGUGAUUUUGCUGCCGAAAAGAAUCGAAGUGCAACAAACGCAUCCGUGUCGUUGCAAGCAUUGGACAAAUUUUAUCCGUAUCGCUAUCGGGACGCUAUGACGCCAGACCAACUGAAAGAGCUACAGGAAUUGCUCGUAUCCAAAUGGAUGUUACUCAAGAACCGUUCAACAUUGGACUGUGUACGAAUCUAUUUGACAUGCUGUCGCAAGUGGCCGUAUUUCGGCGCCACCCUCUUCCAAGCCAAACCUCGUCAUACCGAUUCGGCAAUGGCCUGGCUAGCUAUUUCCGAAGACGCACUAAACGUGUUGGAAUUGUCGUCGAUGGCACCGUUGUCGCGUUAUCCGUACAGUUCGGUGAUGACGUUUGGCGGAUGUCAGGACGACUUUAUGCUGGUGGUCAGCACUGACGAUUCGUUGCAGGAAAGUAGCGAACAGAAAUUACUGUUUGCUAUGAGCAAACCAAAGAUUUUGGAGAUUACGUUACUGAUUGCCGACUAUAUGAAUGCGUUGGGACACACAUGUCCCGGAACACCGCAGAUGAAUACGUUGACAAGAAAUGGCAGCCAUAGAAGUAUAAGAUCCCGUCCACACGGUGGCUCAACGGCAGCUACAACAGCUCACAAUACUCUCAAUUCGCACGCCACCCAUACCCUAAAUUCCCAUUCGCACACGUUAAGCUCGCACCAUAGCCAUACACUAAGCUCGUCGCACGGCGGCCAACCUGAUAUAUUGAAGAGUACACCCGAUCAUCAGCGGAUCAAAUGAAUAGAGAAUAUACUCAAACAAUGGAUUUGAGUAUUGGAUACCUCUUGAAUUUUUAUGAAAUUUUCAGAUUUUUCUUUUUGUUUUGAAUUUUUUUUGCUUUUUCUUUUCGUCAAUUUUUUUUUAUGAAACUCAGAUGUGUGAACGGAUCGUUUUUCAUUGUUCAUGAAUUUAUUAAUUAAAAUUUUCUUUGUUUUUUGUAAAGAGUUUUUGAGAUUCCUUUUUUUUCGCGUAGGCGUACAGCUUUCGUUCGUUUCUUAUCUUUAUUUUCUUUUCUUCGGAAUUAUUGUAGAUUAAUGCGCACACAGUGUUUUAUAGCUAAGCUUUUUGUAUUAUACACGUCAUUUAUAAUGUAAUCAUUAACUUAUAUAAAACAAAACAAAUUUAAAACUAAAACCAGAACACACAUUUAAACUACUUUUCAGUAAAUACGAUGGACUUUAAAUUGUAUUAAGGGGGAACGUGGAUUUAUAUAAUAACCGUUACUAAGGGUCUUUUUGAUACCACGAAAUAUCAAAUUUGUUUUUUUUAUAUAUAUAAUGAAAAUUUGUAUAUUCAAUUAGGAUUUAAAACAAAAAAAAAAA